GCGAAGUCCACUGGAUGAUCCCCGCUCGCGGUCUUUGGCCUCCUUCCCCCACUUCACUGGUAGCGCGUUCUGCUCCUAACGACUCGGAUGCGCCUCACGAUGCGGUCGUCUGCGCUGUCGCUGCUCUGCGGGCUCUCAGCCAUUCAUAGUACUGCUGGAGUGUCUAUUCCUCGAAACCAGCAGGAAAGUUACAAAUCUACCGGGAAACAUGGCGCUGUAGCUAGCGAAGUCGCAGUUUGCUCUGAGUCUGGGGUUGAAAUGCUCAAGAUGGGUGGUACAGCGGCAGAUGCGAUUAUUGCUACAGCACUUUGCGUCGGCACUAUCGCAGCCUACCACUCCGGGAUCGGAGGAGGUGGGUUCAUGAUUGUACGAUCUCAAAAUAGUUCGGAACAUUCGUACGAAAUGAUUGACUUCCGUGAGACGAUGCCCGGUCUCGGUAACGAGACCAUGUACGUUGACAGCAAUGAUACGACUGCUUCAACCGUCGGAGGACUCGCUGUCGGCACACCCGGCGAGAUGCGAGGAUGGGAGAUGUUGCACAACCGGCACGGAAAGUUGCCAUGGGCGACACUUUUCCAACCCGCUAUCAAACUGGCAGGCGAAGGCUUCAAGGUCACUGUUGACCUUGCCGCUGCUCUUUCGAACACCUCGUACCCCUUCCUCACGACCGACUCUCGCUGGGCCGAAAUUUACGCACCUAAUGGUUCCCUUCUGCUGGAGAACGACACUUGCUACCGUAAAGACUAUGCCAAGACCCUCUCCACCAUCGCCGAGCAAGGUCCCGAUGCAUUCUACACCGGUCCGAUCGCGGAAAAUGUCACAGCUGCUGCCCAGGCCCGCGGAGGGAUUCUCCAGAUGUCUGACCUCGCGAACUAUUCAGCUAUUCUGAGGACCCCCUCGAAUAUCACGUACCGGGACAGAUACAGGAUCUUCUCGACCAUAGCGCCGAGCUCGGGGAGUGUUGUUCUCAGCGCUUUGAAGAUAUUCGAGGGUUAUUCUGGGGGUGCGGAGCCCGAUGACCCAGCUAUCAACCUCACCACACACAGAUUGAUUGAGGGCACAAAAUUUGCGUACGGCCAGCGCACGACCUUCGGCGACCCUGCGUUCACAGCCAACGUCUCUGAGCUUGAGCAGUAUUAUCUGCAAGAAAGCACCGCAGCCGCCGUUCGCGCGAAGAUCUCGGAUAACACCACUUUCGCCGUUGAGUACUACGAUCCGGAGAACUAUAUCUCUCUCAAUGACUCCGGGACAUCGCAUAUGGCGGCUGUCGACCAGUGGGGCAACGCCGUGUCGUUGACCACGACGGUAAACUUCUAUUGGGGCAGCCAAGUUAUGACUGCGGAUGGUAUCAUUUUGAACGACGAAAUGGAUGACUUCUCGAGCCCUGGCCAGACGAACGGCUUUGGAUUCACUGCUAGCCCCAUCAACUACAUCAAACCUUUCAAACGCCCACAAUCCUCCAUCUCUUCCUCAAUUGCCGAGGACCUCCACACCGGCGAGCUCGUCAUGGCCACCGGUUCUGCCGGUGGCUCCCGCAUCAUCACUGCAACGUUGCAAAAUUUACACCACCACCUCGACCAACACAUGACCGCCUACGAGUCGGUGCACCAGUCCCGAUGGCAUGAUCAGCUCUCAGGUACAACGUACUUCGAAAUCGCGGCGCCGAAUUUGGGGAUUGCUGGGUUCAGUAAUGCGACGGUGGCGUAUCUGGAGUCGAUGGGAUAUAAUGUCACAUAUGAGGAUGAGAGCGGGAGUACCAGUCAUGUUAUUGUCAAGCAUCUGGAUACAGGGUUGUUCGAGGCAGCGAAUGAUCCAAGGAAGGCGGCGGGGGCUGGCGUGGCAUAUUAGGCUCGGUGUAUUAGGCUCUUCGACGCUCCAGAGGGGUAAAAUAUCUUGUCGUUGCGUUAGACAUGUUAGCAUAUUAGAACGUUGACGCGGAUGAUCCGCGAAUUAUUGACUGUCUGUC